AGUUUAGUGUCCCCUUGGUGACUACAUCUAUGGUUGCGUCUUGUGGUUGUGACUCAGCUGAUCGAGCACUGGAAGAAUGGGCUGUAGGACACAGAUAAGUCCCCGCUCCCCGCUCUUAUCCUUGUGUUUAUUUUUGAACGUCUAGUAGGAACUUUCCAUCUGACAUCUGAAGCAUUCAGUGUCCUCAGCACCAUCCACGCACCAUGACCGAGAUACAGACCUGCACCAAUGGAGAAAAAUAUGUCGGUGACAUCAAAGGAGGAAUGAAGCCGGCAAUGAAGAUCAUCAUAAUGGGAAUCGUAGAUAUCAGACCCAAAAGCUUUACAGUCGGGUUGCUGUGUCCUAAAGACGCAGAGGAAGAUGUCGCUUUUCUACUGACAGUCAACUUUCAGGACAGAUCUAUAAUCCGAAAUGCAAAAUUUGCAGGAAUUUGGGGCGCAGAGGAGAAAAAAAUCCCUUAUUUCCCAUUCACAGCUGGAGACAACUUUAAGAUGGAGAUCCUCUGUGAACACCAACAGAUGAAGGUCCUCGUAGAUGGACAAGGACUCUGCGACUUCACACACCGUGUGCCCCAGCUCAAAGCAGUGACAGGUGUUAGGGUGACAGGAGACAUUAGACUUACCAAGGUGGCAUAAGAAGCCCUGGGCACAGAAAACAUGCCAUUGCCUUAGCUCCGGCCCACUUCAUUUUACUAUUUGCCUGGUACUAUGUUUCUACUUUGUUGAUAACUUUCUACAGCUCUGUACCAGUCUAUUAUUUAUUUAAUACUAGCAGUGUAUUCUCUGCCAGAUAGUCAGCAGGUUGUCUAAAAGUCCCGGGCAACCUCUGUAGACCAAGAGUAACGUGAUCAGAACUGCCAGAAGUUUCUUGGGGUCUUCAUGCAAAAAAAAAAAAAAAAAAA